GGGAUAGUGGAGUGUCGUUGGGGGAAAAUAUUUUUUCGAUUUCGAAAUCGAUUUCAACACAUUCACAGCGAGAAAAAACAAUUGCAUAUAAUCGAUUUUUUAUAUUAUGGCCUGUGUAGACAUAUCACCACUAUCAUAUGAAUCUGUAAAAUCCGUUGUCAAAUAUUUGAGCCUGAAAAAAAGGGAGCAAAUUAAUUUAUCGAUUCCGGCAUAUCAUAAAACAGCCAAACUUGCACCUUUCAAACUAGAAAACGUUGGGUUAUCAGAUUUGUACAUUGAAGUCAAUGAUAGAACGUGGACUUUGAGUGAAACUGACAUCAUUGGUUGCACUCUUGUUUUGUAUCGCUCAAACGGCUACAACUUCCAGCACAUUAUUUCAAUAACUCCUGAAGUUGCGUUCCAGAAGCUUAUAUCCGAAUAUUUGAGAAAUGGAACACGUAUUAAAAAAUUUCACUUGUAUGCCCUUCCAAGUCUGCUCAAAAACGUUGAGCUUCAUGUGUCAGAGCUGAAAAUUGACGGAUGCGACUAUGAAACAUUUGCAAAGUUCCGUAAAUUCAUUGAUCAUAACCAAAAAAUAUUAAAGGAGAUUGGGUUUGUGGUGCGUCAGAAUACUUUAUGGAUGUUUGAUGAACAAUUGGUGAAAAACAGUAAGGAGAUUUAUCUCCAGUUUCCGUAUUAUAAUCCGGUCCCGUUGGACGAUAUGCUUCUUCGGCUGAAAAACAAUCAUGUACACAUUAUCUAUCUGGGCUUCCCGAUUGAAAAACUACAAGAAUUGGCUAUGAACUGGAUCGACACUAAGAAGCCAAUUGGUACCUCACUCUUCCUGGUUGUUGAGCAUUAUACAUAUGUUAUCGACGUGUUUGAGCAUUUAACCAAAUACUCUAAAGCUAUUCCUUCAAGACUCACUGAUCUUGGAACUUCCUUCUUUUCACAUUGUGUAACAAUGCAUAUUGAUGAAAGUUCUGAAUUGGUGCUAUUUGGAGGUCCAAUGGUAAUUGAAUGGAAACCGUUCAAAUGGACGUUGAGAAUGACGAUCAUGAAACGCGGAUCGACAAUUUCAAAAUGAUUUGGAAUCCUCCAAAAUUCUGAUUUUCCUCAAUAAACAUUUUAAUAUUUUA